AUGAAGGUGAAGAAGCAGAAGCGGCACCGGCGAGCCGUGCGUUUCUUCACGGCUUGUUUCGGAUUCCGGCAGCCGUACAAGGUUUUCUGCGACGGCACGUUCAUCCACCACCUCAUCGCGAAUCGCGUCGUUCCUGCCGAUACGGCCAUCUCCACUGUCCUCGGCGGCCCCGUGAAGCUCUUCACUUCCAGGUGCGUUGUUGAGGAGCUUAAACGGCUCGGCCCUUCAUUUUCUGAAUCCCUCGAGGCUGCUCAUAAGCUCAUGACUGCAAGGUGCGAUCACGAGGGGAAGAAGAGUGCAGAAGCUUGCCUGAUAGACAUAGUUGGGGAAAAUAAUCCAGAGCAUUUCUUUGUUGCUACCCAGGAUGCUGAUUUGCGGAAGAAGUUCCAAGAGGUACCAGGUGUCCCGUUGGUUUAUGGUCUGAGAAAUGCACUCUUCCUUGAGCAGCCAUCAACAUUUCAGCAUGAGUUUGCCAAAAGUUCUGAAGCACGACGCUCUAAGCUGUCAGAGCAAGAGCGUGAGGCUUUAAUAAAGGAGACUGGUCACAUCUUGGAAACUGCAGAAAUAGGCGCUUCUGCAGAUGAACAUGAAGGUGCAAAGCAUGACGUACGCAAUACUGCACUAAAUGUCAAAGAUAGGCCUCAAUUUAAGAGGAAGAGAGCCAAGGGGCCAAAUCCACUGUCAUGCCUGAAAAAGAAGAACACAAAUCAAGCAGCUUCUGUAAGCAAGGGGAAUAACGCUGCUGAUGCUUCGGAGGUGAAUAGAAGCAGGAGUAGAAAGAGACCAACGAAAAAAGACGAGAGGCGGAAGUGGCUCUGGUGA